UGGCCAUUGUCAUCCAAAAUCUAAAUGGGCCGAGUUAAACUCACUAAAAGUGAAGAAGCAAAAAAAGAAUAGUCUAUUCGAUCUCCAGAUUCGGAUACAAUCAUUGUGAUUAAGCGCACAUUUAUAAACAGCGAACUUGAUUUUUCAGGCGAAAGAAACGAAGGAACGAAGGCGAAGAAACAGCAAGCGUGAAGAAGAGAUGAUACAAAGACCUAGAAGAAGGUGCGAGGGCACGGCCAUGGGAGCCAUCACUCUUGAUCUCCGUCCUGGCAUGGGAAUCGGACCUUUUACACUCGGGAUGCCAAUAUGUGAAGCAUUUGCUCAAAUAGAACAGCAGCCCAAUAUAUACGAUGUAGUCCAUGUAAAGUACCUUGAUGAGGAGCCAUUAAAGUUGGAUAUCGUUAUUAGUUUUCCGGAUCAUGGUUUCCAUAUUCGCUUUGAUCCUUGGUCCCAGAGGCUUCGCCUUAUUGAAGUUUUUGAUGUUAAACGACUUCAAAUGCGUUAUGCUACUUCUCUCAUUGGGGGACCGUCCACUUUAGCUACUUUUGUUGCUGUUUAUGCACUUUUUGGUCCAACAUUCCCUGGGAUUUAUGACAAAGACAGAGGGGUUUACACUCUUUUCUACCCGGGUUUAUCCUUUGCUUUCCCAAUUCCAACUCAGUAUACAGAUUGCUGCCACGAUGGGGAAGCGGAGUUGCCACUUGAGUUUCCAGAUGGGACCACCCCAGUUACAUGUCGUGUCUCGAUAUAUGAUAGCUCUACUGACAGCAAAGUUGGUGUAGGAUCUGUUAUGGAUAAGGCUAUAGCUCCUCCGUUACCUGCUGGCAGUCUCUACAUGGAGGAGGUGCAUGCAAAGCUUGGGGAAGAGCUGUGGUUUACUGUGGGUGGUCAGCAUAUUCCUUUUGGUGCAUCGCCACAGGAUGUCUGGACUGAAUUAGGUCGUCCUUGUGGAAUCCAUCAAAAGCAGGUUGACCAAAUGGUGAUUCACUCUGCAUCAGACCCUCGUCCCCGAACUACUCUCUGUGGGGAUUAUUUUUACAAUUAUUUCACUCGUGGUCUUGACAUAUUAUUUGAUGGACAGACGCAUAAAAUCAAGAAGUUUGUUUUGCAUACCAACUUUCCUGGACAUGCGGACUUCAAUUCAUACAUAAAAUGCAACUUCCUAAUCUACAGUUCUGAUGUUGAAGGACAUUUGGAAGAAGGAAAUGCUCCUAAGAACUGCAUUACUCCAAACACAAAAUGGGAACAAGUAAAGGAGAUCCUUGGGGAUUGUGGGCGAGCUGCCAUACAAACACAAGGAUCUGCAAGCAAUCCUUUUGGGUCUACUUUCGUAUAUGGGUAUCAAAAUGUUGCUUUUGAGGUUAUGAAAAAUGGUUAUAUUGCCACAGUAACCCUCUUUCAGUCGUGAUGAAAUUUAAUUAGCCUUCUAGUCAACAAAGUUCUUAAGGCAACUUUGAAUUUGGUAGACUCCAGAGAUAUAUUACUGUCAAAAUGGAGAUAUAUUACUGACAAAUUGGUUGAGCUCUUGGAUGGGCUUGAGGCAUGCUCCCAACUUGUCCUUUUGUGAUUAUUGCUGGUUUAGUUUGGCAGUGUUUGUGUUUCUUCCUGUUUUUCUUAUCGAAUUAAUUUGGUUUG